AAUAUGGAAAUUCAAAGUUGAAGGGACUGAAAUUUCCACAACAAGACUUAUUGCAGUUACUUGAUAAUUCAAAGAACUGCAUUAAUACUUCUAGGUGCAAGAAAGAAGAUAAUUGGAGGGACACUCUGUGCAAAAACUUGACUUGUGUUGAACAAUAUUAAAUCCUAAGUUAUAGUUCAUUGAAAUCCAAAUAGUAAAAUUCAAAUAUGAUGAGCAAACUACUUCAGUUUUUCACUCUUUUAUAUCUCCUUACAGUUACUUUUGCUUCGAUCGAGGAAGCAACUUCCCUCCUGAAAUGGAAAGCAACUUUCAAGAACCAGAACAACUCCUUAUUCGCUUCAUGGACACCAAGUUCUAACUCAUGCUGUGGCUGGUACGGAGUUAUAUGCUUAAAUGGUAGGGUAAACAGGUUGAACAUUACAAAUUCUAGUGUCAUUGGUACCCUCUAUGCUUUUCCGUUUUCAUCUCUCCUUUUCCUUGAAUAUUUUGAACUUAGCCUGAACAAUUUUUCAGGAACCAUUCCCCCUGAGAUUGGUAAUCUCACUAAUCUUGUCUAUCUUGACUUGUCCAUGAAUCAGAUUUCAGGCACAAUUCCGCCACAAAUCGGGUCACUAGCCAAGCUUGAGACCCUCCACAUCUUUGACAACCAUUUAAGUGGUCCCAUUCCACGAGAAAUAGGUUACCUAAGGUCUCUAACUGAAUUAGCUUUGUAUACCAAUUUUCUUAAUGGUUCUAUUCCUGCUUCAUUGGGGAAUUUGAACAACUUGUCCUAUUUGUAUCUUUAUGAUAAUCACCUUUCUGGCUCUAUUCCUAAAGAAAUAGGAAGACUUGUCAAUGUUGUUGGAGUUUAUCUUGAAACAAACCAAUUAACAGGUCAUAUCCCUCCAGAAAUAGGCAACUUGACCAAUGCAAAAUUGUUCUCUGCUCCCUUCAAUGAAUUAUCUGGUUCCAUUCCCGCAGAAAUAGGGACGAUGAAGUCACUUCAGGAACUAAUCUUACAUACAAACAAUCUUUCUGGUAUAAUUCCAACAACUAUAGGUGACUUAACUGAGCUCAAAUAUCUUCAACUUUAUGAUAAUCAACUCACUGGCCUAAUUCCUGGAGAGAUGGGGAAUCUGAAAAACCUCAAUGGUCUGGAAUUAUUCAAUAAUCAACUAUUUGGCCUAAUCCCUAGUGAGUUGGGGAAUCUUAGUAUCCUCUAUCAUCUGACAUUAUCCAAUAAUCAACUCACUGGUUCAAUUCCUUCUUCCUUUGGUAAUUUGAGAAACUUGCGAGUUCUGUAUCUCCAUGACAACAAUCUGAUUGAGGAAAUUCCUUCAUCUAUAUGCAAUUUGACAUUCCUCAUGUUCCUGCAGUUGUCGAGAAACAACUUGAAAGGAAAAAUUCUGCAAUGUUUGGGUAAUAUCACUACUCUCCAGUUUGUGACACUGUCACAUAAUAAUCUCAGUGGAGAGCUCCCUUUAUCUAUUUGCGAUUUAACAGCACUACAAGUUCUAGAUUUAAGUGGAAAUGAUCUGAAUGGAGCGAUUCCGCAAUGUUUUGGCAACUUGAGUGGUCAUCUUGAGGUUCUUGAUAUGCAGCACAACAAUCUUUCUGGGACUCUUCCAAUGACUUUCAGAACUGGAACACUUAGAAGCUUCAACCUACAUGGCAAUAAACUAAAGGGGAAAAUUCCUCAAUCUUUGGCCAAUUGCAAAGAGUUGCAAGUUCUUGAUUUAGGAGAUAACGACCUCAAUGACAUCUUCCCCAUGUGGUUGGGAACUCUUCCUAAGUUGAGAGUUUUAAGCUUGAGAUCGAAUAAGUUGCAUGGACCCAUUAGAACUUUAGGAAGUGAAAACAUGUUUCUUGAGCUUCAAAUAUUGGAUAUCUCUUCCAAUGACUUCACAGAAAACAUACCUACGGGUUUGUUUCAACAUUUGAAAGCCAUGAGGACAAUUGAUCCAUCAAAGAAGGCACCAAGUGAUGGAUAUUACCAAGACACGGUAGCUGUCGUAACAAAGGGAUUUGAGCGUGAAAUUGUGAGUAUCUUGUAUUUGUACACUGUUAUCGACCUUUCAAGUAAUAAAUUUGAAGGGAAAAUUCCAAGUAUCAUGGGGGAUCUCAUUGCAGUUCAUACAUUAAAUUUAUCCCGUAAUGGAUUCCAAGGUCAUAUACCACCAUCAUUCGGAGAUUUAUCUUCCGUUGAAUCAUUGGACCUAUCAGGAAACCAGCUUUCGGGAGAGAUACCACAACAACUGGCUUCUCUUACGUCUCUUUCAUUCUUAAACCUCUCCCAUAAUCAUCUCCGAGGAUGCAUUCCUCAAGGACCUCAAUUUCACACUUUUGAGAGCAACUCAUAUGAAGGCAAUGAUGGAUUACGUGGAUUCCCUGUUUCAAAAAGUUGCAGCGAUGCUGGGGUAUUAGAUACAAAUGAUACCGUAUCUGGACCAGACGAUGAAGAAAGCAAUUCUGAAUUUCAGAGUGAUUUCUGGAAAGGUGCUCUUAUGGGGUAUGGAAGUGGACUAUGUAUCGGAUUAUCCAUAAUAUAUUUCAUGUUGUCAACUGGAAAACCGAUAUGGCUUGCAAGAAUCAUUCUAGAGAUGGAGCACAAAAUUAUGAGGGGAAGGAAAGAGAAGCAUCGAAGGCAAAGGAAUUACAGAAGAAGAAACAAUCAUUUCUAAGUUUUGAUUUCAGCGAGGAUCUAGUGUCUAUGGAAGUGGAUAAAGGGAAGAAGAAGUUAUGGCAAUGAAUCGAAACGAAUGCCAAUCAGUUUUUAAGCAACAAUAAUUGUCUUACAUUGUGCAAUAAAAUUAUGUUACGCUUUUUUAAAAAAAAUAACAAGAUAGUAUUCUAA